AUGCAGUCCUGGCCCGGGUCGGGCCAGAGCGGCGCAGGCGGACAAACCCCAUGGCAAGGAGGUUUCCCUUAUGGCCAAGACGGCCAAUUCGAUCCUAAUCAGGCCUGGCAACAGUCCGUGGCGGAUCAUGCCGGCUCAUUUCCGCACAUCAGCAAUCCUCAAGAUGCACAUGCACAAAACUACUUCAACCCCCCGUCACACCAAGGUGACGCCUUCUUGGGCGGGAGCUUGCACCCCUCCCAACCUGGCGACCCUAGCUUUCAUGAUACUCUCGGCUUGAAUCAGCAAUUCAGUCAAGCUGGGCAAGACGUGAUUGAUCCUGCGUUUAGUAACCUGCACCCCGACAUUUAUGGCCAGCAUGCCAAGGGCAACCUGAAUUUAAGUCAGGUGCAGACUCAUCCACAUGGGCAUGGACAAAGCUUUCAACAACAUGAGUUUCAAUUCCCUGCCCAGAAUGAGCAGGCCUUCAAUCCUCCAGUGUCACAAUAUAAUGCGAAUCAGCUUAUUUCGCGGGCCCCGAGCCAGCACAGCCAUCCGCCAGUCCAACACUUCGAAAGCCUGCAGGCAGGAUUCCAACAGGAUCAGUCCUUCUCACGCCAAUCUCAGCAGUCCCCUCCUGCUCUACGCCCACAGUCGUUUCCACACGCGCAGAAUUUUGUCCACAACACAGUUAAUGGUCAACAGAAUCACUUCGCUCAAGAUCCGAAUCCGCAUAUUACCUAUCAGCAGCAGCAACAGCAGCCGCGCCCACAGGGCCAUGGUCAACAGGCACUCGAUGCUGCAAGCUUUGCACCGCAGAAUUUGUCGACCUACUCUCCAGCGGGACAAGGCUCACCAACGGGUCACCAGGCUCAUUUGGCUGGAAUUGAUACCUCCAUGGGACAGGCUAUAGCGGCACCUGGACCUGAGUCUACGUCAGUGGGCCAUACUCCCUCUGAGCUCAUUUCUGGUCAUAUCCACCCAUCAUCAAUAUCAACUACCGAUUCUUCCCAGACGAAAAAGCGGAAGCGAGUGAGAAAGGCUUCCAUCGAAAGCCCUGUCCCUACUGUGGAAGUUCCGUCCGUGAUGACAGAUCUUUCCAUCGAGUCCUCCAGUAAAAGGGUUGAAGAUACUGACUCCCUGCCUGUUCCUCAGCCUUCACCUGAAGAAGCAAAGUUGAUUACGGAUUUCGGAAAACGCAACAAAGCGGCACAGGCCAAGCACCCCACCAUUAAAGGACUUCCGCAUUUGGUCUACGAAGGCAGUGUCAAGCUUCCUGCCCCCAAAAGCUACGAUAAACUGGCGCCUUUGGUCGCCUUGCCGCCUCGAAGUGGCAGGCCCAUUGUUCCGGAGCUGGGCUACUCGCUACCUUGCGAGGUCCAAGGUCGAUUCACAAGUAAAUACCGACCGUCGCUUGACAAGAGUGGCCUAGAUGAGAGACGAACAGAGGCCAAGACUUUGUUGGACGAAUACGAUCGAUCGAUGGGGGCGCUGGGUAAACGGCAGCCUAAAUAUACCGAAUAUCCACAUGCCUUUAAGGAGCAGCUCAAGUCAGACGAGGCCUCCAAGAAUAAGGCGGAAAAGAAGGCCAAGAAAGAGCUUGAAGACGAACGAAAUAAACCUAUUCGACAGGCAUCUCGCCCGAAUGACGCUGUCGAAGCGGUCGUUUGGGAUACCAUUGGGAUCAUUCAUAUCGACCAGGCUACCCCUCGAACAUCUUCCCUGAUUGCUGGACGCGUUCAACAAGCCGGCGAGUACUUCGUCAAGCUGCGAACUGAAAUGAAUCGCAGUAAACUUGAUUUGGAGGAAGCAAUCAAAAACAAAGAGCCACAGCCGGUGGUUGAGAAGAAGAAGCUAGAGGCGGAACAGAAGAAAGAGGCGUUGUAUCGGGCAUUGGAUGCCACCGUCGAACACGCGGAUGAUGCAGUGCUGGACAACCUCGGUGGACACCAAAAAUUAGUCCUCAGUCUUGUCAAUGCGUUGAUCUCGUCGAUUAAAGCCUCAGACUUCUCUGGAAAGCUACCAAAAAUUGUUUUGGAGCUAUUUACUCAUUUUCGGAUUACAAGGAAGAUUGUCGAGACGACGAAUUUCGAUUCUGUACGGAAGCGUCUCGAGGACAAGGGCGACGAAGAAGUCAAGGAACUUGUCCGUGAGAUAUCUGCCAAAAUUAAAAAAUUUCAAAAGGCCAACGAACCCACCACAGCAACUGGCUACACGGGAACAUCUGCAGCUAGCCGAGCAAAGGCUGGGGGCAAAUCAGCAUCGGAUGUCAUGUCAAUAAAACGAGGACGAGAUGAGGACAGUGACACUCGCACCGUAAAAAAAAUUGCUGUAGAAGCAGGAGCUGGAUCGUUGAGCAAGAAGCUAGCCCAGCCAAAGGUUUCCCAGUCUGCUAGUAAGACUGCAGCGGCAAAACAAACAACCUCUUCAGUGCUUCCUGGAAAAUCUCGACCUGUUGCAAAGACCGUGGCUAAACCCGAGCCUGUCGGAGUGGAUAGUCCUAACGCGCCUACUGAUGAAAAGAGUAAACCUGACGUUGGAAAGCUGGCUGCCAAGUCUGAAAGCAAGCCCGGCCCAUCAAGGUCUGAAACCAAAGCACUUCCGCCGAAAACAGCAUCGAGCUCUGCCGGCGCUUUGUCCGGAAUUGCAUCCUUGCUAGAUUCGAUCAACGCCAAGAAGCCCGAGGUGGCGCCUGUCACUUCCAAAGACUCCAAGAGUCCAGACAAUUCAGAAACGCCGGAACAAAGAGCUAAGCGUAUCCGCAAAGAAGGACGGAGGAAGCUUCGCGUGAGCUGGAAGCCCGAGGAAGAGCUUGUUCAAGUCAAGAUCUUCCAGAAAGACGAUGAGGAAGAUGAAGGACGUGAUGUGAACAUGAUUCGCGACGCCGGAGAUGAUCGAUCAGAGGGUAUGGUGUUGAAGCAACGGGCUGGUGUCGAUGAGGAUGAUGAGGACGACGAUAUACCUUAUCAACCAUGGGUUGAGCCCACGGCUACUGACUUCUCCCAACUGCCACCUGACGUCAGAAACAAGAACUACAUCACACGUGGUGGCAACGUCAUAUUCGAAACGAACGAACAGAAGGAAAUCACAGCGCGUGGGCAAAGAGAGCUCAUGGCCAUAUACACGAAUGUGGAUGACAUUCCUCCGAGUCCCAAAUCACCUCCGGCGGAGUCGUCCAGCCCAGCCCACUCCAAAGCUGGGUAUCUUCCGACUGAAGGUGCAAAGUUUGAGGAACUCCAACUUCGAUGGCGAGACGAGCAGAACAUGGGAGUGGACCAAGCCCUUGGCGCAGCGCUUCGGAGAAUCGAUGCCAAAAACAACCCGUCGAAUAAGCUGGACGACAUUCUCGGACGACUCAAGGGUGCACCGGAUAAGUCAAGCUCCCAUCAAGCAACUUCGCAUCCUUGGGCCCUUCAUGGCUUGUCCACAACGCAGCAUAAUUUUCCGUUUGCCGUGGGACCUAAUAGCGAGGCACAAGUUCUUGCUUGCCUCCAGCAAGAGAAAAUCGCCGCUUGGCGCGACCCGAACCCUGUCCAAGUUGAUCCCGCUCGCUCUCAUCAGUAUGGUGACGCAAACUUGCAGAUGAUUGGCAAUCAUAUCGAGUCAGUAGCUAGAAGCUUGGCUGGAAAACCGUAUCCAGCCACCGCACCGCCCGAAUGGCUGGCACAUGAUGAGGAGAGGGUUCGCGAAUGGUGGCUGGGAUACAACAAAGAAUCUGCUGCUAGGCAGAGAAAACUGGAUGAAGAUCGUGCUCGAUCCGAGGCUGAGGCCAACGCCGCGAGGCUCGUCGCUGGUGCCACUGGCCAGACCCCCAGCCAGGACUGGAAUAUAUACUACCAGCAGCAACAGCAGCAACAACAGCAGCAGCAGCAGUCUUCGUAUGCACCAUACUUAGCUCUCCUGCAACAAAUGACGGGCGGCCAUGCUGCUGGCCAAGCGCAAGGUAGCUCAUCGCAAAGCCAACAAAGCUCGAUUCCUGACAGCCAGCUCCAAUCGAUUUUGGCCGCCAUCAACCAACCCCAACAGCAACAGCCAGCUCAGUCGUCCAGCGCCAACCCUCUGUCUAAUCUCAAUCCCAGCGACCCUUCAUAUCAACAACUGAUGAUGUUGACACAAUUGGCACAGGGCCAUCAGCAAAGUCAGCCACCACCUCCGCCCCCUCCACCAUCCAACGAGCGGGACUGGGAUCGUGGUGAGAGAGACGCGAAAGAUACUCGCAAGAAGAAGGCAACGUUGCCACCACAUAAGCCUGCCAACAAGGCCCUGAUCGGAACCAAGGCCUGCACAUUUUGGCAGCAAGGCAAGUGUGCGCGUGGCGACAAGUGUACUUUUAGACAUGACUGA